AUAAUUCCUCAAACCCAAACGGCCAAACCCCUCCUCCUCUGCUCCACCCACAGAUCAGCGCCAGUUCUACGCACAGCCGCCUCUCCUCUCUUUUCUUCCGCGGUGUCUAGGGAGGGCAUGGUGCGUGCAGUCUUACCUCCGCACUUGGAGAGCUUGUUUUGUGACUUGAACCCAAACCUUCAGGAUUGGAUGUGACACUGUCACCAUUGGGUCGGUGCCCCCAUCAUGUCUUCCUUAUUCCUAUAAAAGGGGUGUUUCCUGUUCCUUGGUAUUUUUUGCUUAAGCCUUUCUGAUUCUAUUGUUCUAUAUUUAUCCCCAAUAUUAAUGUGAUGGAUAGUAACAAUCGUUUUCUCUUCUCGGAAUCCCAAUGUUAUGAGCAAGAUAUUUUUGAAUUACCAUUAGCAAGCAUUGAAUAUUUUCCAUAACUGUCUCUACUACUCAGUGAUUAUCUCUUCAUUAUUUUUUAUGAGUAAGGAGGUUUAUAAUUUGAUGUGUUAUUUUACUGCUAUGUAGGGUUGGAAAUAUUUGUCUACAUGGUUAAUUUGCGUCAAUUUAUAGAGAAUUGUGUAAGAAGAGCAAGGUGUUUCAUUAUUGAUAUAUGAAAUGCAUAUGUGUUUGUUUAGAAAACCAAUUUGGCUGAGGAAGAAAAGAGACAAUGCCUCUUUAUGAUUGUAUGCUUCUCUUGAAACCUCACGUGAAGAAGGAAGCUUUGAUGGACUUGGUUUAUCGAGUAGGAAAGCAUGUUUACAGAAGAAAUGGUGUCCUAACUGAUAUAAAAUCAUUUGGAAUUGUUCAAUUGGGUUAUGGUAUCAGAAAGCUGGAUGGGAGACACUAUCAAGGCCAACUUAUGCAGAUGACAAUGAUGGUGACACCCAAAUUCAAUAGUGAACUGCAUUACCUAAACAAGGAGGAUCGGUUACUGCGUUGGCUUUUGGUUAAGCACCGAAAUACCAAAUACGGGCUGGAAUUGCUGAGCGAGGAGGGUGGGAAAAGUGGGCUAAGCAUGUUCCCAAGAAGCAGUAUUUAUGACAACGAGGACAUGGAUGACGACGACGAUGACAAUGAUGAUGAAUAUGACGUGGACCAACAGGAAAGGAAAGAAAAUUGAAAAGUGAUGGGCUUCUAUGAUCCCGGGCCUGUCUAAUAUUGUUAAGCUGUGCAGCAGGAAUUGAUGAGAUUGUAGUAAACUGUGGCAUCAAGCUAUCCUUGGCUUUCUCAUUUUACUUCAAAGUGACACAUGGUGAAGGCUGGGAUUUGCCUCGGCACAUUUUGUCUGCUGUUAUUGCAAGGUUGAGACUGCUAUCCAACUUCUCUUCUCUUCUCUUCUCUUCUCUCUCUCUCUCUCUCUCUCUCUCUCUCUCUCUCUCUCUCUCUCUCUCUCUCUCUCUCCUGAAAUCUGUAAACCAUCUCUAGCAUGAGGUAAUAUGAUUUGGUUCCAAUAGUGGCUCUUAAA